GAGAUCGCAUAUUCGAUUACAAUUUUAAAUAAAAUCUUUGCUCGUUUGCAUAGAAGGGGGUUCUGGGUUUUGAAAGAUAAAUGUAGGGAGGAACUAUGUUAUUAUUUGUGUUUGUUGUCUUUGUGAGUGUUUUGAACGUUGUUGAGUGCUGUUGAUAAAUGUGAUAGUUGAAAUACGAUUUGGUUGUUUUUGAAAAGUUCAGAAAUCGGACUGUCAGUUGCAGUCAUCAGUGGAUAGAAAGCGCUUAAUUGCAUUAUUAAAGGUAGAAGGCUGUGACAGCAAGAUGCCUCUUAUUGAAGGUGUCGGAGAUGAGGUAAUACAGUUCUUCUCGGUGCUGAUUGCUGUGAUUGUCGCGGUGGUGGCCUGGCGAUCCACAGGAAUCUCUGACAGGCCUAUCUUCCGUACGGUGCGGAACCGCACCUAUAUGGUGCUGAUACUGGAACGUCGCAGCCGCCUCAGACAAGCUCUGGGGGAACUCCCACCUCCCAGUGCCACCGUAGGGGCCAAUUCGUCUGUAGAGAGUGACGAUACGGGGCAAACGGAUGUCACCGUUGACGCGGCAGACGAGGGUUCUCCAGCGGAAGAGACGGCAGCUGACGACACUCUUGCAGUUGCCGAGGCAGAAGCAGGAGGUGACACGGAGAGUGGCUCCAUGGACGACAAAGAGCCCGAUUCGGAGGGCACUGGUUCGCCAAACACUUUGAGGAGGAGGAGACUGGCUUUCUUCCAAAGUCGUCAGGUGACUCUUUUAGAGCCAAAUGCAACGUCUGAUGUUGUUGUGGAAGCUAGUGCUCCACCUGCAGAGGAAGCCAGCUCUGCAGCAGAUGAUGCCGGAGACUGCAUACGUAUCAGACUGAAGUACCUCAACGAUGAUCAGAAACUCGUCGAUGGCAAGCUGAAUGAGCGGUUGGGGGAUUUUAAAAGGAGGCACUUCGCUUCUGAGCUGUCAGCAGACAAACUGGUGCGGUUGAUUUUCAACGGGCAAGUGCUGGGCAGCGACUCGGAGACACUGCGACAGCUGGGCCUGUUCGACAACUGCGUCGUGCACUGUCUGGUGCACACGCCGCGCCCAGGAAGCACAGGUAUGGGAUCAUCGUCCCAACUGCAGUCGAGUCUCCGGGGCAGCCUCACACUGGGGGGCAGUGACGCUGGUGUGGGUGGAGCGGUGGGGACAGAGGGUGGACGUGAGUGGGACCUGGGCAAUGUGCUGUUCGCAUCUCUCAGCCUGGCGCUGGGGGUGGCCUGGUACUGCCGUCUGCAGUACGCCCAGCUGUUCAGCGUCACAACGACAGUUGCACUCGUCGGGCUCACUGGGGUUGUUGCCUUCACUGUGCUAGGCACCUACAUCCCAGACCAGGAUGUCGUGCGCCAGUAAGGGGAGGAAGUGCGCAGCGCGGGCAUACUUUCCUGCCGUCUGUCCCUCGUGCCUCGAAAGUUGUCGAGUGGAUAAUGUUAAACUGUUAUCAGAAAAAUGCGUACUGUAUCUUCCCUUCUAGCUGCGUGAAGGUAAAUACUUGUCAAGGAGAAGGGUAACUAUAUGGAUUACCCACUUCUUUUUGUUCAUAAAAUAAGAAACAAUUAUAUCUCUGUUCUUCAGAGAUUUUUUUUUUCCAAAUGUCAGCCAAGUUUGCUAACAAUCUGACAGAGCCAUUUCGUCAUCUUUCUGUCACAAAGAACUUUCCACUGAUGUGAGAGAGAAUAUGAUGCACAGGCAGACAAAAAUAGAGUGCUGAGUAUGCGUUUGUUUUGUCACUUUCUAAUCGCUACUGUGGUUAUGGUUUCUGUCACUUUUGGUGCUGUAGAUUUCCAUAUUCUUUGCAGGUCACACCUGUGAGGAAGGAUGUUUGUUGUUAGAAGGUAUAUCAUGGGAGACCAAAUUUGUGCUGGUAAUUGUAAGAUUGAAAAGGGUAAUUUUCUGACAGUAAGGGGCAAUUGAUAAAUACAGUUCCUCCACUCCUCUCUCCUCCCCUUACCUUUACUCCUUUUUCAGGCUGCAUAAUAUUUCCAAAUAUUUUAUUUUAUAUGCAUUGCUUGUCAGGGACGGUUUAUUCAGUGACAUCUAGUAGUGAAGGGCUUCACGUGCAGCAUUGUUGUAAUGUAAAAGGUUACAAGGAAAUACAGUUGCAUUGGAUAUAAGUUGGGUGAAAUUAAGGAUUCCGCAAUGUCUCUGUAUGCUACUUUACACAUUAGAGCACAAGUAGUUGGUUUCUAGUGUGGCUCACAGCUUUCAGUCUCCCAUGAUGAUUGAUCUUUCAUACUCAGCUGCGUAAAAUUGUGUUUGGAAAUGACUGUCAGACUAUGACAAGCCACUGGUUUAUUACUGGAGAGAAUUAAUUCUGACUGUGUUACCACAAAGGAAAAUUUGAUGUAAUUGUAACCUGGUUUCCUGUUUGUUUCAUUCUCAUUUCUGCUAUAUGCUCUUGUAAAUAAGUACCACAUGUGGUUGGAAAGUAAUUAUUCAGCACACAUUCAGUGCAUGGUUUCUGAUUUUGUUUACAUUAGUUGAUGAGUACAACCUGCGUCUCUGUCAUAGACAAGAGAAUUGUUUGCAUUAAUAUUUUUUCUCAUUUUACUGCAGUGUACACAUUGAUAAGUAAACAUUGGCAUCAUAACGAAAUUAAGGUAAAUUGCCCUUAACGAAAGGACCAGUUCAUUAUUUCUUUUAUUAUUUUUAAUAAUGCAUACGGAUCCUCUCUAGUAUAUGACUAGUCUAAAAACUACAAAAGUUUGUUGCUGUAUGUAACUUGUGACAGAUAUCAUAAGAUCUGCAAUAUCCAAGUGGCAUGACUUUGGAAUAAAUGUGUUUGUGCUGUCAGGUUGCCAGGUGAUUAUGUUAUACUUGAUACACAGACGGGUAAAAGUUUUCAUUUUUUUUUUAAUGUGUAGUUAACACUUGAAGAAGCUUUGUUAUUCUCUUUCCUCUAGUUGUGAAUAUAGAGACUGAAAAAGUUAUUUAGUACCACAGGAAAACUGUCUCCUCUAUUUACUGUAAAUACAUGUGAAAUAAUUUAUAUAUGUAUAUUAUUGUACAAUAUGAAGAGGGUGUAAUUAAGGACUGGCAUGUGUGCAGUAUGUAUAAAUAUAUAUAUACAUCGUUGUUUUACUGUUUUUAUAAUUUUAUGUAUUGCCUUUUGUAUCACAAUUCAAGAGAAAACUCUAAAACUGAAAUUCCUACCCUUUGAAAUACAAUCAGAUAGAUUAAAGAGCAAUGUGUUUAUUUCCCAAUACACAGUACAUACAUGCAUUUCAGAAAUUUAGAAAGAAAAUGACAUAAAUGAUAGUUGUCAGUAAAUUUAGAAAUAAGGACAAAAUAUGCAGUUCUGUUCACGGGGGGCCAUUGCUUGUUUUGUUGCUGAAGUGUAGAUUGAAAUUUGUAAGAUGUGGCAAGUGCCAAAAUUUUUAGCCAUUGUGUUGAAGAAAAUGUGUACAUAGUGCAAAUAUCAUUGGAAUUUUCUAUGUGAAUUCUUCUAAGUACGAGCAUGUUAGGGUUAUCGAGUUUAUUUAUGAAGCUUGUUUUAGUAAACAGUAUUCUUGUGAUAAUAAAGUUGCUGACAAAGAA